AUGAGUGGGAAAUUUGUUCGUGCAUCUAAAUACAGACACGUAUUUGGUCAAGCUGCGAAGAAAGAACUUCAAUACGAAAAUAUCAAGGUUACCAACAAUGCAUGGGACUCUAACAUUUUGAAGACUAAUGGCAAAUAUAUAUCGGUCAAUUGGAACGCUUCAGGUGGUGGUGCUUUUGCAGUUAUCCCUGUAGGGGAAGUUGGUAAAUCUCCUGACCAAGUCCCAUUAUUCAGAGGUCAUACUGCACAAGUUCUGGACACAGAUUUCGAUCCAUUUGACGAACAAAGAAUUGUAUCCUGUUCAGAUGACGCUAAGAUCUGUGUUUGGGAGAUUCCUGAGGAUUAUUCCUUCCAUAAAUAUGUUGACGAAAAUGGAGAUCCAAAGGAUAUUAAACCAGUCAAGAUCUUGAGUGGACACUCUAGAAAAGUUGGCCAUGUCCUGUUUCAUCCUGUCGCCGAAAACAUAUUAGUGUCUUCUUCCUUAGAUUACACUGUAAGAUUCUGGAAUAUCGAGACUGGAGAGAACAUUAUCACUCUGAAACAUCCUGAUAUGGUUACCUCAAUGUCCUUCUCUUAUAAUGGGGAACAUUUAGCCACAAUAUCUCGUGAUAAGAAGCUAAGGGUUUGGAAUAUCAAGAAACAAGAAAUUAUCAGCGAAGGACCAGCCCACACUGGUGCCAAGAAUCAAAGAGUCGUUUGGUUAGGUAACUCUGAUAGACUAGCUACUACUGGUUUUUCAAAGCUAAGUGAUCGUCAAAUUGGUAUUUGGGAUGCAUUCAAUUUAGAGAAAGGUGAUCUUGGUGGGUUUUAUAACGUUGACCAAUCUUCUGGUAUUUUAAUGCCAUUCUUUGAUGAUAGUAACAAGAUUUUAUAUCUUGCAGGUAAAGGUGAUGGUAAUAUCAGAUAUUAUGAAUUUCAAAAUGAUGAAUUAUUUGAAUUAUCUGAAUUCCAAUCUACAGAACCUCAAAGAGGAUUUGCAGUGAUUCCUAAAAGAUUAGUCAAUGUUAAAGAAAAUGAAGUCUUUGGUUGUUUCAAAACUGUGGUAGAUCAACGUAUUGAACACGUUUCAUUCCGCGUUCCAAGAAGAGCUGAAGAAUUCCAAGAAGAUAUUUAUCCAGAUGCCCCAUCAAACAAACCUGCGUUGUCUGCUGAAGAAUGGUUAUCUGGUAAAGAAGUUGAUGGUCCAGUGUUGGUCAGUAUGAAAGCUGCAUAUGAUGAUUCUGCUCCAGUUUUCCAUGCAGCAGAGAAACAAUCUACUCCAGAAAUUAAGGAACAAUCACCUGUUGUAAUCAAGAAGGAAGAACCAAAGAAGGAAGAACCAAAGAAGGAAGAACCAAAGAAGGAAGAACCAAAGAAGGAAGAACCAAAGAAGGAAGAACCAAAGAAGGAAGAACCAAAGAAAGAGACUAUUGUACCCAAGGCAAGUUCUCCUACUCCAAAGACUGGUUCCUUGGAUGACUUGAAAGAAGAUGACUCUGUUAGUAAAUUAUUAAAAAAAUCUUCCGAUUUGGAUACUGUUAACGACGCCGAGGAUCCAUCGAAGGCUGAAUCUACUUGGGAUGAAGAAGACGACAAACCUGUCGUCAUUAAGACACUAUCGCCAUCUCCUCAAGUUCAAACACCAGAACCAAAGGUUGAAAAAGUAGCUACUAAGGUUGAAGCUAAGAUAGUUGAGGAGAAACCUGCUAAGAACCAAAUUAAAGAGGACACCAAACAAGUAGAGGCCACUUCUCAACCAACGUCUUCUCCUUCAGCAGCUGCUGGGCCUAAAUCAUUAGGCCUAAAACAAUCUGUUGAGAAGUUAUCUUCUUUGGUGUUACAUCUAGAAGACGUUAUUAAACAUCUUGCAGAGGCCAAUCUAGAAAAAGACGAACGUUUAAAACAAGUCGAAAAGAAGCUAGAGGAGCUAGUUCACAAAAAUUAA